UGUCUCAAAAGUAUGUGCUUCUCACCACGUCUGUACAGAAAAAUAAUUUCCUCCCAAGCCUAACAGUCUGGCAGAACAAAAACGCAGGUUACGCAACUUGCAAACCCAUAAUGAUGAGUCUCAAGAAAGUCUUCUGUCUGCUUGUGUUCGUCGCUGGCGCAGCGGCAAUUGAGUGCCCCGCUGGCUACGAGGUCGUUGGGUCCAAGUGCAUCCACCGCCUGCCUGGUGGUUACCUCACGCACGACGACGCGGUGGCUUACUGCCACCAGAACUUCGGCAGGCUGCCCGUGCUGCGCGACUGCGCUUCCUUCACUGAUGUUGCCACUUAUGUCGACGAUGGAUACUCAGCGGACGCCAUCAACGGCUACUGGCUGGGCGCCACCAACUCGUCGGCUACCGUCGUCUGGCAGUGGAACGACGGCACCGCCGUGAAGAUGGGCGCUCCGUACUGGGCGGUCGUGAGUGACUUGAUGCGUUUUACAAAUACGAUGUAA